AUCCUGAGUAUAACAUGCGACAAUGCAAGCAACAACGAUACCAUGAUAGAUGUUCUUGCUGAGAACAUUCCCGCCUUUCCCGGAGAACAACACCGCACCCGAUGCUUUGCUCACGUCAUAAACCUUGUCGCGAAGAGCCUUUUGAACCAAUUUGAG